UUCCCCCUGACUAACCGUGCGGUUACGAGCAGCUGGUAGCCACUCUGGGUUUCAGAGCACAGAGCGGUGUGGGAGUGAGGCAAGAGAUUGGCUUUGACAGUCUGUAGAACACACUCUUGGCUAAGACACGGGCGGUGGAGCGCAGUAGAGUGUGUAGUCAGUGACAAGUCAGAUUUCCCUCAUUUACUCUGACGAAAGGCUUUCAUCUCUGUGGUUCACUGGGAAAGAUGGGAGUUUACAAUGAGCAAGGGGAGGCUGUGGGUGAGCGGGACACUUCUGUCGUGCUUCCCGUGAAAAGCUCAGGAGCCCACCGCCCUCUGGGUGUCCGUCAACGCCGUAGCACUGUUACCCACAAUGGGUGUCCCAGCAAAGUGCCUCCAAAAGAACAGCCCGUGGAUAUGGUGUAUGUAGUGGGAGGCUGGAGCUCUGAUGACCCAUCAUGUCCAGUGGAGCGCUUCAGCGCCGAGCUCAAUGAGUGGAGAAUGACGGCUCCGAUGAUUCGUCACCGCGGAGAUGCAGCUGUGUGUGCCCUUGGGGGACUUAUCUACAUGGCUGGGGGCCAUGAUGGUGUCACCUGUAUCAGCAAUGUGGAGAAGUAUGACCCAGAGACCAAUUUAUGGAGUGGAGAUGUGGCGCCCCUCAGCCGCCCGCGCAGCAAGGUAUGCCUGGUGGAGAUGGAGGGGUACUUAUACGCCCUUGGGGGACAUGAUGACAUCACCUGCACCAACAUCGUGGAGAGGUACGAUCCCAGUCAGAACACAUGGAUGAAGUUGCCGCCCAUGCGUACCAGGCGUUCGGGGGCAGCUGCCGCAGUAUUAGCGGGGUAUCUGUAUGUCAUGGGCGGCAGCAAUGAUGACGCUCCUCUUAACUCAGUGGAGCGUUACAGUCCACUGGAUGGAUGCUGGGCCACCUGCCCACCCAUGCACACACCCAGGGAGAACCCUGGCUGCACCGUGUUCCUGGGGCAAAUCUAUGUGGCCGGGGGAAGAGACGAACUCCUGCUAGAGCUCAGCACCGCCGAGAGGUUUGACCCGGAAAACUUCCACUGGAGCCCAGUCAAGUGCAUGAAGAGCAAACGGCAUCAGGUGUCUCUGUUGGUUUUUAAUGAGUCUCUACUGGCUGUUGGAGGCUCUGAUGGCAUCAUAAACCUCAAAACGAUGGAGCUCUACGAUCACGAGACAAACUCAUGGAGACACUUUGGCAGUACGAAGUCCAGACAUCCAGGAGGUCAUGUUGUCUUGAUGAAGACAGUUCCUAACAUUGCAUAAAUUUGCUGAAACACAACUGAAUAUGAUAAAUAAAUCUAUCUGUGUCCCCCUCAUA